GUCGUACUUGGUGUAUCUGUCUGGGAUCACGUUGAACAAGAGAGAGAGAUCGAGAACUUGGUCGUAGAAAGAGAAGUCGUUGGAUGGGAUGAUGUCCACGCCAGCUUCCUUUUGCAACUUCCAGUUGUGGGCUCUCAAUUCCUUACCCUUGGCCAACAAGUCGUCGGCAGAGACCUUUCCUUGCCAGUAAGACUCGGUGAUCUUCUUCAACUCUCUUUGUCCACCGAUACGUGGGAAACCUAAAAUGGAGGAUUGGACCAUUGUGUUUGAUGUGUGUAUGAUUAGUACUAUCGAGAAAGAGAAAAAGGGCGAGCGAUCCACACGUUUAUAUAGUAAUCUAACCGGGGUGAAAAUUGACUCGUCUGGAGCACGUUACCAAAGUGGUUGGGCACCUGCGCAGGAUGCGCUGGGGGAUGUUGGACGCUAUGCCUGCAACGGCACGUCGUGCAUGGCUCUGACUGCAGAUAGCGUGGGCCGCCAGUCGUAUUGGUCGUUUAGAGAUCGGUGUUGGCGUCACAUGCGCCUGAAGCGGGAUUGUGCUAGUUCACGUGUGGAGAUGAGUCAUGAUCACAUGUUCUUGGACGAUAGCGUUUGGGGCGGUGGGUCGACGUAUGGCCAGCGGGAGCCGCCAGGGGGCAGGGGGUGUGCCCGGGCUGCCGUCACCACCGUGCCACCACCGUCGCUGGGCGGGCGCUGGCGUAGUUCUAGAGGGCCCAGUGUCCCGCCAGUAUCGGAUAGUUCCCCCGAUAGUACCUCCUGGCAUUGUGCAGGAUGCAUGGGCCUACAUAAUCGUCGUACACUAUCAAUUAGCCAACCUGCACAAUCGCUGGGCAACGAGCCACCAGCUGGCCACCACCCCAGACAGUGUAGACGACCGCGAGCCUGGUCGUACGCUACCAUGUCGCCCACACUACGCGUGGUGCACCACAAUCGUGUAACGAACCUCCCGCCAACCAGCAAUUUUGAAUGGUUUCCUCGUAUAGUUGCCCCCGCCUUUAGCGGCAGUAUGUCGGGUCACGUGAAAUUCCACUACCAUUGCGGGCUUAGGUUUUCGGGCUCAACAUGUUCAAUUGAAUCAAAUUUUUCACGUUGGACCGUAAGCAUGGGCCAUUCCUCGUGUUCGGGCAAAUUUGUGGCAUUUUCCUGAAACCAUCAAGCCACGAAGCCAUGCAGUGGCGAUCAGCAUCAGUUUGUAACUAUUGUCUGCUUUUAAGCAUUCGUGUAUUCCAGCAAACAUCAUUGAGAACUAUCUCUGUAGACACGUUCCUGACGGUUUAAUCUGUAUUUCUGCAGUCGUCUGAGCUUUGCAAUCACGAUCGGGCCUUAUCAGCUUAGUCUACCCCCACGAUACUUUCCUUUCCUGCAUGAGAUAAGGACCAAGAUCAAAAGAUGCAAAAUAUGAAAUCGGACUGUAAAAAAAAAGCAGACUUCAAAAGCCGAAUAAAUGGUCCCUGAAGAUCAAUUUUGGUUAGAUAACACUUCCUAGUGUUUAUUCUGGGUUUAUCUGUACAUAAAACAAGCU